UAUCCCAGCGUUCCCGGUGAGCUCCCACCAUGCACGGCGGGCCUGUCAUGGUGUCGGUGGGGAAGGGUCGCUGAGGGGAGUCCCGGGACCUCGGCCGCGGCGAUGUUGGGCGGGACGGUGCUGCUCCGGGGGCUCGGCAGCCUGAGCCGGCGGAGCCGCGGAUCAGGUGCCUUUCUGCUGAAUGACUGGCUGAACAGGGUCAGCUGUUUACCAGGCAGUUACUAUGGAAGCAACUCAGCUUUGGGAAAAAUCUUGGGUGUCAGAAAACCAACGACUGAGGAUGUCAUUGUGCAACAUCCUCCUGCUGUCUCCAUCAAUAAAGACGAGCAGGGGAACCUCCUCCUCCAUCGGCCAGACCAGCCAACAAACCCACAAGUGCUGAGAGUCGCAGUUAUCGGUGCUCCGAAUGCUGGUAAAUCCACUCUGUCAAAUCAGCUUCUAGGCAGGAAGGUCUUUCCGGUUUCCAGCAAAGUCCACACGACACGAUGUCGAGCUCAGGGAGUCAUCACGGAGGGGGAGACACAAAUAAUUCUUCUCGACACCCCUGGACUCAUUUCUCCCAUCAAAAAGAAAAGGCACAAUUUGGAGAAGUCACUGCUGGUUGACCCCUGGCACUCGGUGAAAGCAGCAGACCUGGUGGUUGUUUUGGUCGACGUGUCUGACCACUGGACUCGCAACAAGCUCCACACCGAAGUGCUGAAAUGCCUUUCACAAUAUUCCCACAUCCCAGCAGUUCUCGCCCUGAAUAAGGUGGACCUGUUGAAGAAUAAAGGCCUUCUUCUGGAGUUGACAAUCAGGUUGACGGAAGGAGUAGUGAACAACAAGAAACUGAAGAUAAAGUCACAGUUCAACUCACUGCCACAGCCUACCACCAGCACGCCGUCCAGGCGAGACAGAACUGGAAAUGUUAGUGAUGAAUCAGAAGGCAUGCCAGUCAAAGAGGCAAGAGCCCAAGACAGCACAUCUGAUACGUUCAAGGAAACACCCGGCACCCACUCACAGCGAGAUUUACAUCAUCCAACACUACCCGGUGAUUGUGUUUCUGGCAGUGACAACAGCAUCCAUCAGCCAGAGGGCACAGAGACUGCUCAGCAGCAGGGAUCUACCCCUCCAGACAGCACCCCUGAGGACUGGAAGAACCGGCAGGGUUGGCCUCACUUUAAGGAGGUGUUCAUGCUUUCAGCAGUCAAUGGCGAGGAAGUGGAGACACUACGGCAUUACCUUGUGUCAAAGGCCCAGCCGAGACAGUGGGAUUAUCACAGUGCUGUCCUCACUGAUCAGUCACCCCAGGAGAUCUGCUGUAACCUGAUACGGGAGCGGUUACUGGAAUACCUGCCUCAGGAGGUGCCGUACAACAUCACACAGGACACGGAGUUGUGGGAAGAAGGGCCAAGCGGGGAGCUCCGAAUCCUACAGAACCUCACUGUUGCCAGGAAGAAUCACGCGAAAUUAUUGAUUGGCCAGGGAGGUCAGCUGAUUGGUAAAAUAGCCCGAGAUGUGGGGCAGGACCUGAUGAACAUUUUUCUCUGCGACGUGCAGCUGAGACUGCGUGUGAAAGUCAAGAAGUGAGUCAGCUGUUCACCCAAAAGGAUGGCUGAGAGACUGUUUUCCACCCCCUCACCGCUCACCCCAACCUCACCCCACCAAAUCAGCAGGUGCAACAAGCAAGCUGUGUUGAAAGCCUGUAACCUGACCCAAAGCUUUGGACGCCUGUGGGGAAGGCCAAGCCUUUUGUCUCACAGGAAAGCUCACUGAAGUAAAAAGGGUGGGAGUUUGCCAGGAACGUGGACAAAGACUUUUUCCAUGGUGGAGUUCAAUUUAAAUAUUCUCUUGUGCAAUCAGUUCCCACUACUAAACGCUUGACAAGUGCACAUUUUGGGUUCGUGUUGAUGUUCAAUCGCAGGGAGGCUUUUGGGAUUUUUUUUAUUCAUUCAAGGAAUGUGGACUUUGCAGGCUGGGCCAGCAUUUAAUUGCCCGUCCCUAGUUGCCCUUGAGAAGGUGCUGGUGAGCUGCCUUCUUAAACCACUGCGGUCCCUGAGAUGUGGGUGUACUCUGGGUGUUUGUUAUUAUGUCUCCCUUAGUGUGGGGUAAAACAGUGUUCAUUCAUUCUUGGGCUGUGGAUAUUACUGGCAAGGACAGUCUUUAUGGUACAUUCAUUAAAUUUGUCACUGUAGCCCUUCAGAGGGUCAAAGCCAACCUCAUCAAUGUGUGAUUUAUGGGCCCAAACAAGACAAGACCAGCAGGUUUCCUUCUGCGAAGGACUUUAUUGGCCCAGGUGGGUUUCGACAACUAUCAACAGCUUCACAGUCCCUUUGGUUGAUGGCAGCAUAUUUCCAGAUAUUUAGACUAAACUCAAAUCCUCACAGUGAGAUUUGAACUUUUGUACCCUACUGACAUAAUUGUGGCACAAGCAUACCCUAAAUACUUGUGAAUGUGCUUACACUUAACAAAGUUAGUCACUUAUCAGUGAGGCAGGAGCCCUGACGUAAACAGACUCCAAACUUCCCACAGUGGUCAAGUUCCAAGCUCUGUGAGUGGUCUGCUGGCCAGGGUGUUAGCAUGGCUUAUGGCUGUGAUUAACACAUUUAAUGGGGUAAUCGGAAAUAUUGUCUCUUCCUUUUCUGGAUCAGGCAUUUUCUGAAUCAUUAGGCUGUUUGAAUGUGUGUAUAUUGGUUGUGAAAUGUCAGAACAUAAUUAAAGAAAAAUUUCAGUCA